AUGGCUGAGUUCGAAGUCCUUCGAGGUGCGAGUGCUUCUGCCCUGCGAGUGAGGCUCCAAGGAACGGCUGCCGUGAAGGCAGAGAGCGAUGCUUUGGUGUCAAAGACAGAGAACGUGGAGGUCCGUGCUAGCUUAGGCGGCGGAGGACUGGGCGGGCUUCUGGGUGGUGCGGCCCGAAGCUUGCUGACAAACGAGUCUUUCUUCCUGCAGACCUUGCAAUGCAAAGGCGGCUCUGGUGAAGUGCUGGUAGCACCGGAAGAUCAGGGCGACAUCGCGAUCGUUCAACUACCCGGUCCGAACAUAUCAGCAGUCUUGGUGACCAGCGGUGCUUUCCUCUGCGCAGAAACUGGGGUUGACGUGAACACGCGAGUGCAAGGUGCAUCACAAGGACUGUUUAGUGGAAGCGGCUUCUUUCUCAUGCGCUGCAGUGGUCGUGGGAAGUUGUCCAUCAGCUGCUUCGGCUCUUGUGUUCGAUACGAUCUACAACCUGGUGAAUGCCGACAGGUGGACAAUGGACACCUUGUAGCAUGGGGGGACUCAGUUAGCUACAGUAUUGGAAUGGCAUCAGCUUCGGUCUUCAGCAGCUUGGCAAGCGGCGAGGGCCUGUUGUGUACCUUCACCGGUCCUGGACCGGUUUGGAUACAGACACACAAGCCUAAGUCACACGGCUCCUCCCAAAAAUCCAGGCCGGCCCCAGGCGGAGCCUUAAUUGGCCUUUGCAUCUUCGGCUGCUUCAUCUGUCUCUUCAUCAUCGGAGUAUUUGUUGUUCUAUUCCUUUCCACUGGAUCAGAGCUUCAACCAAGACGACGGUCUAGGAGAUUGUCUGAUGAAUUCUGA